AUGUUCGCUGCGACAGCAUUUGAGACAACCGCAUCUCUCACGAGAGAGGGAUUCAGGGAUCGAAGGGAGGCACGAAGGACUCGUUUUGAACGAGUCAAGCUGUUAUACUCCCUAGGCUGCGAGGACGACCGCCUGGCGAUCUUGCAGACAGUCCUGCUGAUGACCUACUGGGAUGACACUUCCGAUAAUGGUCAGGAUGCCUGGUACUAUGUCGGUGUCGCUAAAGCGGUGUGGAAGUCUAUUGAGAUGGAACCGACGGACUCGGAAAUUUCACUGUCUAAACAGCAGCCGGGUCUGUGGAAAAGAAUUCAAUGGUCAUGCUACAUCCGAGAUCGGCUGAUCGCGAUUACUAUGAGACGGCCCUUGCAAAUACCCGAGUCCGAAUUUGAUAUUCCCAUGCUCAAGCUCUCAGACUUCGACGUUGGGCCAUUGUCGACCAAAUGUUGCCUCGGUAGCGACGGGAGCCACCCAGCAAUCAGGGAUCCGUCCACGCGGAAGAUGCUAGCUGAGAUUAGCAUUGCGCUGACCCAGUGCUGUCAGUGCAUUUCUCGAGUUCUCAAAUGCCAGUAUACAACGACUCGAAAGAAGAACGAAUCUACAGACACACCCUCGAGACAUUUGAUUCCACGCUACCCUUCUGCAACGAGUGCGGAGCUGCUUCUUCGCGAUAUUGAGCUCGACGAAUGGCAUAACUCGCUUCCAGAAGCUCUGCAAUGGUCUAUUUCCGACCCGCUUCAUCAUAUCGAGAGGCAUAGUAAUGUGAUUCUUCAUUUUCGUGCAUUGUUGAGCGGCAUCUACAAUAUUACAAGCAGUGUUCUGCACAGGCCUCAGCUUGUCUCGAUGAUGCCCAGCCUCCCUGAGUUGGCAGAGCUUUCAAAGAGACGUGUCCACCAUGCAGCAAUCCAAAUCACAGAAAUAUACAGUUACUUUCGGUCUCAUGGUCUAGAGUAUUUGGUGCCUGAUGGCCAAGUUGCGAUGCUUGAGUCCGCCAUCAUUACGCACCUCGAGGCCCUCGAAUCUACAAAAUCUUCGGCCCGUCAGUCAGCCGUCGUGCAUUUUCAAGUGUGCGCGCAGGCCCUGCAGCAUCUUGGGGACACCUAUUUAUCUGCUGAAGUAGCUCUUGUUUUUGUGGAUGCUGCAGUCCAAGGGAGAACUGUUCGAAACCGGAGACAGAGUCUUCCGUACGUAGACCCAGUCAGCAAAGGCCUAUUGGGUCUUCACAGCACUCCAGAUUCUCCUUCAAGUGUUGUCAGCAGCUCAGAUAGCCACAUGGGGCUGGCAGGCUGGCAGCAACUCCAUGAUCUCGAACCGUCGCAGGUGAGCAAGCUACUCUGUUCUCACUUCAUGGUGACGGCUUCGGAAAAGAAUCUACUGGAGGGCCUGGUGUCGUUCGAAUCAGACGACACCGAUUCUUAUUCCGAUGACUAUUUUUGCACCUCCGGCUCCAGCCCAGAGACUACGAGUGUUGUCCACUCCCAGACCUCCGCCGGACAAGGCCUUGAUCCCUCAGCAGAUGGGACGAUUGAUCCCUCAACAACUCAGCUAGUGGAACCUCAUGGUUCCUUGAUCUUGAACCAGGAUCCAACUUCGUUGUCAUCGUUGUCAUACUUCCCAGGUGGCGGUUCAAUAUUCGAGUCUGAUGUUCGGGAGGAAGAGUGUGACUGGGAGCUUUUCCAAAUGUUCUCCAAAGAUUGCACUGAGUGA